UUAGCAAAUUUAUUUCAAAAGUGAUCCGGGAAAGAACCCAAUAAGCCUCGACAAGUAGCGACGCGAUCGCAAGCGCAGCGCUUGUCGAGCGGAGUACCGUCGCUGCGUCGUUGCAUAUUUUAAUUGAAAAUAGCUGUUAAAAAGUUGUGUAUUAUAUAAAUGAAGGUUGUGUAUGUGUUCAAAGUUGUGUGAUGGGUGACCGAGGCAGAAAAUUAGUGCAGCUAGCCUGCAGUAACAAGCUAGAAACAGCGGGAUCAGGUGCUUCUGUUAACAGAUUUUCUAUGACUGGACCUAGUGUUUCAACGGCAAAUGAAAACAUAAGCUGUUAUCAGCGAAACAAUAAAGAUGAUGAUGACUCCUCCGAUCUUGAUGAAACGCAAAUAGACAUCGCCGCCCAAAUGCACAAUAUUGUCAUCGAUGAUAAUAGUACGGCAGACUCGAAUGAUGAGACUGCUUUAUUUGGCAGUGACUAUUCCGAUGAAGAUCCUACUUACGUGCCAGAUUCUAAGGACUAUUCACCACAGCAAAUAGAUACCGACACUGAUUUUAUUCCUGAAAGUCCGAAUGUUUCAUACAAAGAGGAAGACUUUUUUAUGGUGCUAAUUGAUGAAGUUUUAGAUCGAUUUCUGUAG